UUCAUUACUAUUAUGCAUACUUAUGUAAGCAACUCUGUUGGAUACCCCACCAAUUGAGGUUGAUAGGUGACUCUCACACCUUGAAAUGGACAAAGUUUCCACUUUUUGGUCCCUUAUAUCUCCCUUCUCUUCUAUCUCACUCUAUACUGGAGUGUUUGGUGCAUUCUAUUGCUCUUCUCAUUUCAUCUCAUAUGAAGGGGCGCGAGGCCAUGCCACUGGAGGACGUGGUGGCUCUGUAUGCCUCACUGGUGAACCUGGCUCUCAAGUGCUACCCCAACAGACUGGACUACGUGGACACCGCCCUCCUCUGUACCGUGGAGGUCUUCACCAAGAGAGAAGCCACCCCCCCAGUGGACAGUUCGUCGGUCACGUCCCGAGAGCUGAUUCGACUGCAGAAUGUCCCGGUCAAGACCUACGAGAGCACACUCGACAUCCUCAAACUAGACAACUUCCCCAAAGCAUUGGAGCUCCAUGACUAUCAGGGGCGCAAGUCUCUAGCUGUUAGUGUGGUGGGGACUGUAGUAAACAAGUCUAUAUCCAUCCCUACUGCUGAUGAGGCGGAUGCUCUGUUCAAGCUGCUGUCACCACUGGUGAAGGACCAGGCUGACCAGCCGGCCGAACCUCCCCAUCCGGACGACUUUGAGGAGGAGCAGAUGAUGAUGGCUUGUCUCGUGGACCUCUUCAGAGUCCCUGAACCUGACCAGCAGUACAUGAUACUGAAUGUAGCUCGGAAGCACUUUGGCACGGGAGGAGACAAGAGGAUUCGAUUCACUCUGCCUCCCCUGGUGUUUGCUGCCUACAAACUCAUCUCCCAGUACCACUCUCUCCGAGAACAGGACGACCGCUGGCUCAUGAAGUGUGAGCAGAUUUUCAAGUUCUGUUUCCAGACCAUCAAUGCUCUGGUCAAGAACCAGCCGGAGCUCUCUCUGAGACUCUUCCUCCAGGGCUCCAUGGUGGCCGACCGCAUCACGCAACGAGACCGUCACAUACGAGUUACUUCAGCCAGGGUGACAUUAACCCUCUGUUGUGACCCAGGAGUUACAUAUGGUCUGGGGGAGGAGAACCACGAGACGCUGCGCUCCAACUGCGCCAUGUCCUCCUCCCGCCUCCUCAAGAAGCCAGAUCAGUGCCACAGCGUGGCCACGUGUGCCCACGUCCACUGCCCAAGCAAAGACAGAGAGGUCACUGAGUGUAAAGACCCGAAGAGAGUGUUGGAGUGUCUCAAGAAGGCUGGUCGCAUAGCUCAGCAGUGUAUGGACACGUCAGUCCAGGUCCAGCUACUGGUGGAACUCCUCAACACCUACAUGCUCUUCUACGAGAAGGGAAAUGAACAGUGUAAGGACCCGAAGAGAGUGUUGGAGUGUCUCAAGAAGGCUGGUCGCAUAGCUCAGCAGUGUAUGGACACAAUAAGUGAAGACACUAUCCUAGUAGGAGAAGAUGUGGUAGUAUAUUGUGAUAUUGAUCUGAUUGGAGUGGUGAGAGGAAGAGAUGUAGCAGUGGAGGUGACUUGGUUUCAAGAGGGAGUCCCAGUGAGACCUGACUCAAGACUCACCAUAUCUGGAGCCACUGGUGAUGUGGGUGGUGUACACAGUAGCCUCACAUUCAGUCCUGUCCACUUCUCUGACAUGGCCACAUACGAGUGUCGUGUUACCCUCACUCCUCUCCUGGGACCUGCUAGUCCUGUCUCCUCUUCUGCCUCCAUCUUUCUCAAUAUCUCAGAGCCGGUGGACCCAGUGAGACCAGAAGACGUCACAUUCAGGGAAGUACAGUCAGACAGUGUCACGGUCCAGUGGAGAGUGUCCCACAUAUCCUACUCUCCAGAGACAUAUGUAGUACAGUAUGGCACUAGUAGGGAGAGUCUGAUCCACAAUAGCAGCAGGACACACAGUGAAGAGGGUGUGAUGACCUACUCAGUCAAAUUGUCUGGUCUGAGAGACAACACCACCUACUAUGUUCAAGUCCUGGCCACCAACACUGCACUCAGAUCUAGUAGGAGCAGUGUUGAGAGCUUCACAAUACUUGUCACUUCACAGAUGACAACAGGUCAACCUGCCUCAUGUCAAACUGAAAGUAAUGAGUCAGCUUCAGUUGUUGGAGGUAUCCUCUCACUCGUCAUCAUCUUGAUCAUUGGAGUCUCUACAUUGGCGAUCAUCAUACUCAUUCUUAAGAUUCGGACCCUCAAAUUAAUGCUCGAAAAACCAGGAGUGAGAGAAGGAGGUGAAGUGGAGAGUAAGAGUGUUCCCACUGCCACUAAUGCAGCCUAUGGAGUGGUGUCCCAUGACCAGAGUUCCAGUGGAGAUGUGGCCAUGUAUGAGAUAGUGGGUCAGCCACCAUCAUCUUCAGCCAGACCUACUGCACACCCUCCCUCUGAUUACCCACACUCAUCCCAGGGACCUCCCCUCACUGAUUCUCCCUAUGAUGUCAUCGCCAACCAGUAGAAAGACAGGAUGGUUAUGUAGACAAUAGAUACACACUGCUUAUCUUUGUAUUUGUCUUCUGUAGAAAGACAGGAUGGCUAUGUAGACAAUAGAUACACUCUGUUUAUCUUUGUAUUUGUCUUCUGUUCUUACUUA